AUGUCCUUUCAAAACGUCCGCAAAGCGUCCCAAGAGAAGGCCCAGGGAUUGCUGCUGCCUUCACUGCAGUCUCCGCAGCCUUCAGUUAGCGUGUCAAGCUCGGUCUCCAUUGCCGGCUCUGCCCACACCGCGGACAAGACCACCCUAAUGGAUUUUCUAGGGCAAUUUGACAAAGAUAGGCCCGAACACCACGAUAAGGCUUCCGGCACCAGCCAGCACGAGGAGGUUGAGGAGAGUGAGCCAGAGGAACCGAGCGAAAAGGAAGAGGCCAAAAUUGAAGAGUCUGCAACUGCAACCCAGCCAAUUGAGCCUGAGCCCGAACAGUCAAAACAGGAGUCGGGACCGGCGACAGAGAAAGCUUCUGAUAGCGAAAACAGGCCCAACGAACAGAAAUCUGCGGAUGAGGAGACGUCUGUGUCGUUAGAGCAUAUUACAUCCACUAGCUAUGGGGAGGGCGAGGAAUUAAACGACACUUCAGACUCGGAGGAAGAGGAGGAGGAGUUAAAGGCAUCUCAGAAAGAAGAAUUACCCAAGCCAAAGAAACAGGAUGACAAGAAGCUGCCUACAGACUACCCGAACCCUCCUACGUCGAACAAGAAAAGCGUUGUAUUUGAUUUCCAGAAGUUCCUGACAAUGUUCAAAAACAAGCAAUGUGAGCCUAUUCACAAAUACCUUCGCUCUUUCUUGACCCAAUUUUCUCAGAGAACAUGGACAGUGGACGAGCAAGUUAAACUGAUUAAGGAUUUUGAGGCGUUUCUGUACGACAAACUGCUGCAAUACUACCCUUUUAACACCAUCCAAGACGAGCUGGAGUUGGACAACUGCAAAGAGGGACUGGAGAAACUAGUGCUUACACGGCUGUAUUCACAAGUGUUUGCACCGGCGACACCAAAACCAAAACAAUCUCCACAGCAGCGGGAAGACCUCUUGAAAGACCGCAAGUACCACACUUCCUUGAAGCUGUAUGACUGGAUCAAUCCGAGACAUCUGGACAUACCCGUUUCGCUAGGUCUGGAGUCCAACUUCGUCAAACUUGCGUCUGGCGAGAUCAACAAGAUCAACAAUUACAAGUCGCCGAGGGACAAGAUCAUCUGUAUUUUGAACUGCUGCAAGAUAAUUUUCGGGCUUAUUCGACAGCAGCAGAAAAUGCACCAGAUCGAAGAGAACGCCGAUUCGUUUGUGCCGUUACUGAUCUAUGUGCUUUUGCAGGCGAAACCCAAAUAUCUCUAUUCCAACUUGCAGUACAUCGAACGGUUUAGAUUGGAGGAGUUCCUGGUUGGCGAGACAUCGUACUACGUGAGCACGCUGGAGAUUGCAUGCAACUUCAUCAUUGAUCUUGAUCGAGACAAAUUGACAAUUGAGGACGAGGAAUUUGAUGAGCAGCUUGCACUUGCGAAGCAAAGGCUGGAGAAACAGAAGGAGGAGAAAAAACAAAGAAAUGAGCAGAAGGGCGCCAAUGACAUCCUUUCGCCGAUACCAAAGAAACUGACAGAGCUGAUAGGGUCGAAUUCGAACGAGUCGCCGUCGCAGGUGCUCACGAAGUCGGCCGAGAUGAUGAAACAGUCGAUCUCGUCGUCGUUCAACAACCUGUUCCAGACCUCACCGUCUCCUUCGGAAACACCCGCCAAACAAGAACUCAUCGACAUCAAAAAGCUGUCCUUAGAGGAGCACGAGCACCAGGAGACAAUGCGCAAGCAGCGAGAGGAGACGACCGAUGCACUGGUCUCGAUGUUUCCAAAUUUGGACCGCGAACUUAUUACCGACGUCGUUGCCUCCAAGGCCCGCACAGAAGGCGGAGGCAACAUAGGCGACUGCGUGGAUGCAUUGUUGGAGCUCAGUCACUAA